AUGAGUACAUCAAGUAAUUAUGCAGGACCAUGGACUAAGGAGGCAUUGUGCAAGGGUGAUGGAUUCAUUGUUGAGGGCAUCAUAAGGAAGUAUAAGAUGCACUCGAUGUUUGUAAACACAAAGCCAUCAAUACAUGAUACUACAAUGCCAACAAGAUUCUUCACUGCAAUAGUAGAGGUGGACACUACUAUCAAGAGGAACUUUAGGGAUGGUAUCGAGAUCCCACCAAAGAUGCAAAGGGCCACUGCCAUCAACAAAGGUUUUCUCAACAAGUUUGAUAGAGUCGAGGCCAAGUUGGUGGAAAAGGUAGACCACCAAGGUUUGGCUGCAGCAAUCGGAUCUGGAACUGGAAAGGCUUUGCCAAUCGGUUUCCAUGAUGACUCGCUUCAGUCACUACACCCUAUCAAGCCAGGUCACUUUGAGUUCUGGUUGGACGCCGAGAAGAAUCUCCACAAGGAUCUGAAGGUUGGUGAUGAGAUUAGAAUCAAGACUAUUGGAAACUCAGUGUUUGCAGAGAGUAUUAUCAAGAUGGAUGGUCUCCAGAUCUCCAACUUCUCAGGUGACACUCAGUUGCUAAACUCAUGGAGCAACAAUCUAACUCGUCGUGGUGAUAUUGAUGAUGACGAACCAGUGAAGAAGCCAACUCCACAGGACGAUGAUGAUGAACAGGACUGGAGUUAA